AUGGAAAUCCAGUGCACACCCACGUUUUCCGACCUCGUCCUUAAACCGACCGUCAAUGAAAAACCAACCCUUCUCCCCAAUCCUUUGUGCCCCAACCAUUUUCGGCAGCGGCAACACGCCACCUCCCAAUCUCAACUUCGCCUCUACUACCCAUCCUCGGCUGUUGAGGGGCCCCGCUACCUUUUUGACCCUUUCGCGGUCUUCCGCGAUUAUGUCGAUCACCCGAACGCCAUUCAGAUGCCACGUGUGCCUAGUCUCCUCGCUCCAGUGCGUUGUAAAAGCGACGGAGCGGGGAUCUUGAAAAGACGAGGUUCUCGUCACCUCUCAAUGUCCACGAGCGGAUAUCGUAGACAAGAUUCAGACGACUCUUCUUCAGUGUGGAGUGACUGUUAA